UGUCCUCUACGCGUGUAUCUCCAGGCCACGCCACCUUCAACAUAAUCAAGAGCUCUCUCUACGAAUGUGACGUUCUAGACUACAUCGAGAUCGUAUAUUCCAGUCCUUCUGGCAGACGCAAUGCUGAGAACAGGCCUCCGCUGCGCUGCACGGCAAAGCCGUAAUACAAGACCUGCACCUACACAGAGAGUCCCCUCCAUACGUCCUAUAUCAACUUCGCUACUGCGCAUGUCACCGUCCGUUCUCAAGUCGGCUGAGCCGCCAUUGUCAGAUCGUUUACCCGCCGACUCAUAUCAAUUGCUUCCUGAAGCUUCAAAAGUCGGAUCUGCCGAGGAUGCGCUCUUCGAGGAGCAAGUGCAACAAGUCAAGAGCUGGUGGGCAUCUCCGCGCUACAAGGGAAUUAAGAGACCAUAUUCUGCAGAAGAUGUGGUCAGUAAGAGAGGCGCACUCCAACAAACAUACCCAAGCUCCUUGAUGGCAAGGAAGCUGUUCAACCUGUUUGAGGAACGUGCUGCUGAAGGCAAACCAGUACAUACAAUGGGUGCGAUUGACCCCGUACAAAUGACCCAGCAAGCUCCGAAUCAAGAGGUCCUAUACAUCAGUGGUUGGGCCUGUUCCUCGCUCCUGACCAGUACAAACGAAGUCUCGCCCGACUUUGGCGAUUAUCCAUACAACACUGUUCCUAACCAGGUGCAGAGGUUGUUCAAAGCGCAGCAGAUGCACGAUAGGAAGAAUUGGGACAAUAGGAGAAGGCUGUCACCCGAGGAAAGAGCGAAGACGCCCUACAUUGACUACCUGAGACCCAUCAUUGCGGACGGAGACACAGGACAUGGAGGUCUUUCGGCGGUACUAAAGCUCGCCAGACUCUUCGCAGAGAACGGAGCUGCUGCCGUUCAUUUCGAGGACCAACUGCAUGGCGGAAAGAAGUGCGGCCAUCUUGCGGGAAAGGUUCUGGUGCCUGUUGGGGAUCACAUAAAUCGCCUAGUGGCAGCGCGGUUUCAAUGGGAUCUCAUGGGAUGUGAGAACCUGGUAAUCGCUAGGACUGAUUCAGAGAGUGGAAAGCUCUUAAGCAGUGCCAUCGAUGUCCGUGAUCACGAAUUCAUUCUUGGUGUGACUGAGGACACCGAGCCGUUGGCAGAAACGCUGCAGGCAAUGGAGCUCGAUGGUGCGGCCGGUGCUGAGAUUGACAAAUUUGAGGCCGCCUGGGUCAAGAAGCACAAGCUUGUAACGUUCGACGAGGCGGUCGCGCAGCACCUCCAGAAUGAAGGUGCCUCCAAGAGCUCACUCGAUUCCUACAACGCAGUCGUAAAGAAAGACCCCAACUUGUCAUUGACGAAACGCCGACAGAUCGCCCAAGGCUAUGCAAAGGCGCCGAUUGUAUGGUCGUGCGAUAUUCCACGAACACGAGAAGGCUUUUAUCAUUACCGUGCAGGCAUCGCUGCCGCAACUAAGCGUGCAAUCGAAUUUGCUCCGUAUGCGGAUCUUUGCUGGCUAGAGACUGCUGACCCUAGCGUUGAGAAGGCCGCUGGAUUUGCGGGCGAAAUUCGAGCCGCCUAUCCAGACAAGAAACUUGUUUACAAUUUGAGUCCAAGCUUCAACUGGAUGGGCCAAGGAUUCUCAGAAGAGGCUCUGAAGAGCUUCAUUUGGGAUCUUGCUAAGCAUGGGUUUGUGCUCCAGCUAAUCUCCCUUGCUGGCUUGCAUAGCACUGCAACGAUAACGAAUGAGCUGUCGAAGGCCUUCAAGGACGAUGGUAUGCUUGCAUAUGUUAAGCUUGUGCAAAGAAGAGAAAAGGAGUUAGGCUGUGAUGUUCUGACGCAUCAAGCCUGGAGCGGAGCCAAGUAUAUCGACGGAAUCUUGGGUUCCAUCCAAAGCGGCAGCUCAGGGAAUAAGAGUAUGGGAGAGGGAAAUACUGAAGCCGGGUUUUAAAUCUAUAUAUACCGCCGAAUAUCAGCACAAUGCCUGUCUUACACCUAAUCAAACGUCGACAUGUCACGUCUUCAGUCUCUUAGCUAUUGAAUGCAGGACGAUUUACACUAGGCAGCAUUAC